AGAAAAAGUUUAUUGCACGUAAUGUGUAAUUUUCCUUUUUAACAAAUGUUGCACAUAAUACGUAACGGAGGAAGAUAACAUUUGCCUUAAAUUAAAUAGCCGCAAAAACAAAAAUAAACCUUUUUUUUUUUUUUUUUUUUUUGUUAAAACUAAAAUCCAACUAAAUCCACCACUCUUGCUGACUCAAUCCCUUUCUCUCUCCUCUCUUUCUCGAAUCCCUCUUCUCGUACUGUAGUUUCAGAAUGCAGUGAACUUGAUUUGUUGCCUUUUCCUGGUAAAAUUGGUGGUGCAUACAUUUGCAACUGAAUUCAAUGGAAGGGGAGAGUGAGCUAGAGCUUCUACAACGAUAUCGACGUGACCGGCGUGUGCUUCUGAAUUUUAUGCUUUCUGGUAGUUUGAUUAAGAAAGUUAUACUUCCUCCUGGGGCUGUUUCAUUAGAUGAUGUGGAUCUAGAUCAAGUCAGUGUUGAUUAUGUUCUGAACUGUGUUAGAAAAGGUGAAAUGCUUGAACUCUCUGAAGCUAUCAGAGAUUAUCAUGAUGGUUCAGAGUUCCCUUUUAUGAAUAAUGGAGGGGCUAGUGAUGAGUAUUUUCUUGUUACAAACCAUGAACUUUCUGGUUCACCCCCGAGACGAGCACCACCACCAGCACCAUUAGUUGCCCCAUCAACCAUUCUUCCGAGUUUGUCAAAAUCGGAGUCGGUUGAUGACGACAUGGAAUCGAACUCAGAGCCUUCUAUGCAAGAUCCGUCUUCAAAUGUUGAUUUUCUGUCUAGGAGGAGUAUGUCUCAGGCUGAAUCUUUCAGUUCAAAUCAAGCUAAAGAGUUGACAGUGGACGACAUUGAGGACUUUGAGGAUGAUGACGACUUGGAAGAAGUUGAUAGCAGAAGAGUUUCAAGGCGAAUGCCAAAUGAUGCGUCUGAUCUUGUGGCAGUAUUACCAAGUUUUGCUACAGGUAUCACUGAUGAUGAUCUUCGUGAAACUGCUUAUGAGAUCCUUUUAGCAUGUGCUGGAGCUUCAGGAGGCCUCAUAGUACCAUCAAAGGAAAAGAAGAAAGAGAAAAAGUCAUCCAAACUACUGAAAAAGCUUGGGCGUAGUAAAACUGAGCAUGUUGCAGCUGAGCCCCAACGUGCACCUGGCUUGGUUGGUUUGUUAGAGACUAUGCGGGUUCAAAUGGAGAUUUCAGAAGCUAUGGAUAUCAGAACAAGACAGGGCUUGCUUAAUGCUCUUGCUGGAAAGGCAGGAAAAAGAAUGGAUACCCUUUUAGUACCUUUGGAAUUGUUAUGCUGUAUUUCGCGCACAGAGUUUCCUGACAAAAAGGCAUAUAUACGGUGGCAGAAAAGACAGUUAAACAUGUUGGAGGAGGGGCUCAUUAAUCAUCCCGUUGUUGGUUUUGGUGAAUCUGGACGGAAGGCCAAUGAAGUGAGGAUUCUUCUAGCUAAAAUCGAGGAAUCUGAGUUCCUUCCAGCAACUACAGGAGAACUUCAAAGGUCGGAAUGUUUAAAAUCUCUUAGGGAUGUUUCUAAUACUCUUGCAGAAAGGGCAGCUCGUGGUGACUUAACUGGUGAAAUUUGUCACUGGGCUGAUGGUUAUCAUCUUAAUGUUCGGCUGUAUGAGAAGUUGCUGCUUAGUGUCUUUGACAUUCUGGAUGAGGGAAAGCUUACAGAGGAAGUGGAAGAGAUUCUUGAGCUUCUGAAGGCAACAUGGCGUGUGUUGGGAAUAACAGAGACCAUCCACUAUACAUGUUAUGCUUGGGUAUUAUUUCGUCAGUAUGUGAUUACAAGUGAGAAAGGAAUGCUUCAACAUGCCAUUGAGCAGUUGAAGAGAAUCCCUUUAAAAGAACAACGUGGCCCACAGGAGAGGUUGCACUUGAAUAGCUUGCAAUCAAAGACAGAUUGUGAAACAGGAUCCCAAAGUACAUCUUUUCUUCAAGCAUUCCUUGGGCCAAUCCAGAGGUGGGCUAAUAGACAGCUUGCAGACUAUCACCUGCAUUUUUCCGAGGAUUCACACAAGAUGGAGAAUAUUGCAACUGUCGCAAUGGUUUCUCGCAGACUACUUGUGGAGGAAUCAGAAUCUUCUACUAUCAGCGAUCAGGAACAGAUUGAAUCGUAUGUAAACUCGUCAAUUAAAAGUGUAUUUGCCCGGACGUUACAUGCAGUUGACACAACUUCAGAAACAGUGCAUGAACAUCCAUUGACGUUGCUUGCUGAAGAAAUUAGGAAAUUACUGAAGAAAGAGACUACAUUGUUUGUCCCAGUUUUGUCUUGGUGGCAUCCACAAGCACUUGUUGUUUCAACAUCUCUUCUUCACAAGCUUUAUGGAAUGAAAUUGAAACCAUUCCUUGAUGGUGCUGAGCAUUUGACUGAGGAUAUAGUAUCUGUAUUUCCAGCAGCUCAUAGUCUUGAGCAGCAUAUUCUGGGCCUUUUGACUUCUACUUUUGGUGAAGAGGUUUCUGAGACAUACUGCAAAAAACUUGGGAGAUAUCAGAUCGAAAGUUUAUCUGGAACAUUAGUAAUGCGCUGGGUCAAUGCACAGCUGCAAAGGAUACAGAACUGGGUUGAGCGUGCCAUUCAACAGGAGAGAUGGGAUCCAGUAUCACCUCAGCAGUGCCAUGGAACUUCAAUUGUUGAAGUCUACAGGAUUAUCGAAGAGACAGUGGACCAAUUCUUUGAUCUUAAAGUUCCAAUGGGUUCUGGGGAGCUUAGUAGCUUAUGCCGUGGUAUUGAUAAUGCAUUUCAAGGGUAUUCUAAUCUUAUUGUCGCUAAUUUGGCCAGCAAAGAGGAUCUCAUGCCACCUGUGCCCAUCCUCACGCGAUAUCGGAAGGAAGCUGGUAUUAAGGCUUUUGUGAAAAAAGAGCUUCUGGACCACCAAAAACUCCCUGAAGAGAGAAAAUCUAGUGAGAUCAGUGUUUUACCUACCCCAGUUUUGUGUGUUCAACUAAAUACUCUUCAUUAUGCAGUUAGUCAUCUUGGUAAGCUGGAAGACAGCAUAUCAGAGCGAUGGUUGAAGAAGAAGCCAACUGACAAGUUUACCAAGAAGAGUUUCAAUGAAAAUUCAAAAGGCUUCAACCAAAGUAACACUUUUGAGGGUAGCAGAAAAGAUUUCAAUGCUGCUAUUGACAGAAUCUGUGAAUAUACUGGUACCAAGAUCAUUUUUUGUGAGUUAAGGGAACCGUUUAUUGACAAUUUGUACAAGCCCAGUGUCUCUCAAACUAGAUUGGAAGCAUUAAUUGAACCGCUUGACCUGGCACUAAAUCAGUUAUGUGUUAUAAUCAUGGAGCCUCUACGUGAUCGACUCGUGACUAGUCUUCUACAAGCAUCUCUUGAUGGUCUGAUACGGGUAUUGUUAGAUGGAGGCCCAUCUCGUAUCUUCUCCCAAAGUGACGCCAAACUGAUCGAAGAAGAUUUAGAUAUUUUAAAGGAGUUUUUUAUUUCUGGAGGAGAUGGUCUUCCUCGAGGAGUUGUGGAAAAUCUAGUGUCUCGUGCACGACAUAUAACACAAUUGCUCGGAUAUGAGACCCGAGAAUUGAUUGAAGACUUGAAAUCCACAGUUGGACAUGGAGGAAGAAGUAAACUAGGAGCUGAUACUGAGACCUUGCUGAGAAUAUUGUGCCAUCGAGGUGAUUGGGAGGCUUCCCAGUAUGUCAAGAAACAAUUCAAGAUACCCAAGUCAGCUUCGUAAGUGUAUAAAUGCAGUCAUUACAAUAUGUAGUACAAAAGAGAAAUUGUGUCGACAUGUCGUAAUUGUAGACUUGUAGAGUGAUGUAGUCUGAUUUGAGAUUUGCUGUGUAGCAUAGCAUAUUGUCUUUGCAAGUCCUGUUGCCAAAUUUUGUAUUAAUUCUAUCUUUGUACAUUCUGUUUAUCUGUGUCUUUGUCUUUCUUAGGGAUGAUCAGAAGUCAGUGACAAUGAAUCACUGGAUAGAUUUAUUUGCCAAAACAUCUUCACUAUUUAAAAAGAGUUGUACAAAAACAUCCUUAAGCAUGUAUAACAUUCGUCUUUGACAUUGGUUGAUUGUAAUUGUUUGUUAAAUAAAAUACUCCUGUACAAGUUUCAAAGAUUAA